GAGAGAGAAAGACAUUAGGGUUUAGAUCUAAUCUACCAACUGGUUGUUAAGUUGAACAGAAGCUCCUUAACUUAAUUAGUUUUGUUUAUUUAAAACGUUUUCUUGUUUUUUUUUGUUAUCUUCAACCAAAGACUUCUUGACUUCAAGAAACAAGGAGAAGCAAAAGUUCAAGAACCAAACCAGCUUUAAAGAAACAUUCCAUUAUCUUUGCUUUAAGGAGAUUGGUCUUUUGUUCUCUUGAAUCUUUUUCAAGUUCUUGAAAAAUCUUGAUUUGGGGAGAUAAAGAUUUGUGUUCUUGGGAUCAUCAAGACUUCAAAAAAGAAAUAAUAUUUAUCCUUUUUUCAGUUUGAGAUUUCUUAGUGUUGUUGUCUCCUUUAACACCCACAAAGCCAUCAGAUGAUUUCCUGAACAAUCCUUGUUUGAGGAAGGAGAUUAUGGCAACUUAUUACAAAACUGGCUCAAGUGAGAUUUAUUCAAGACCAAAUGUACAAGACUUUGUCCCUGGAAACGCAAUGGUCUACACGAAUUCUUACUCAGAGACGUUUCCUAGAGAAUCAACUAAUAUUAAUGUCUCAGCUUCAAAAGAGAUUCAAGUGUUGUCAAGUUUUGGUGGGGCUUCACAACAAAUGUUGGAGGUUCAAGAUUCUGGUUCUUGGAGAGAUCAAGAAGACAAUGACAGGAGUUGUUUCCCUGUGAUGAUGCGUCUUGGCCUCAGCUCUCAGAUUGAGACAUCCAGAAGCAAUAAUAACAAUGAGUAUGCAAAUGCAACACAUGUUGUUUCGGGAUUUACUCGAACCAUUCACAACUCAAAGUAUCUCAAGGCUGCUCAAGAGCUUUUGGAUGAAGCUGUUAAUGUCAAGAAGGCUCUUAAGCAGUUUCAGCCAGAGGGAGACAAGAUUGGUGAAGAGAAAGAGAAGUUUCUUCAGACGAAUGUUGCCGAAAUCCCUCAAGCAGAGAGACAAGAAUUGCAGAGCAAGUUGUCGAAACUUUUAUCGAUAUUAGAUGAGGUGGAUAGAACAUACAAGCAGUAUUAUCAUCAGAUGCAGAUUGUUGUGUCGUCUUUCGAUGUAAUAGCUGGAUGUGGAGCAGCCAAACCGUACACAUCUCUCGCGCUUCAGACCAUCUCAAGGCAUUUUCGUUGCUUAAGGGAUGCGAUAUCCGGACAAAUCUUGGUGAUAAGGAAAAGUUUAGGGGGGGAACAUGAUGGAUCAGAUGGGAGAGGAGUGGGGAUAAGCAGAUUAAGGAAUGUUGAUCAACAGGUAAGGCAACAAAGAACGUUGCAGCGGUUAGGCGUGAUGCAACCUCACACUUGGCGGCCUCAACGCGGUUUACCUGAUUCCUCUGUUUUGGUUCUACGUGCUUGGCUAUUCGAGCAUUUCCUCCACCCUUAUCCAAAGGAUUCAGACAAGAUCAUGCUUGCUAGACAAACGGGGUUGAGCCGAGGCCAGGUGUCGAACUGGUUCAUAAAUGCGCGUGUGCGUCUCUGGAAACCCAUGGUGGAGGAGAUGUACAAGGAGGAAUUUACAGAUUCAUUGGAGGAGAAUGAUCCCAACCUGUCUUCUGAAAACACACCAGAAAUCACCGAGAUUCAAGAGCAGCAAACCGAGUCUAGUUCCAACAACGGGAAUGUAUCUGGUCUGGCAAGCAGCAGCAUGGGACAAAGCACGGUGGCUCGUGGUGGUGCCCAGUUCAUGAUGGUGAGUGACAUGACAGGAAAUGGUAGUGGUGGGAUGUCUUUAACGUUGGGGAUUCAAAAUUCUGAUGCUCGUGGCGAUGUUCCUAUGUCCGGUGGGAUAGUUCAUUAUGAGAAUACCAUUUCUGGAACCGAUUUCCAAUACUUAAACUCUCACAACCACCAGCACCGGCUUGGCUCUUCAAAAUUGUUGCAUGACUUUGUAGCUUGAUGAGGAGAAUAGAAAGGUGUAGAAAUGUAUUCUUUUGUGAAAGUGAACCCAGAAACUGAAUUUGUAGAUUAAAUGAGAAAACAUGAGGAGAUGAUGAACACAAUCUGAGACUGGAUACAA